AUGUCUCAGCAGGACCAAUUCAUCGCUGAUGACGUGACGUCGAACCAGUCGAAUGUGACUCGUCAGAUGCUGGUCAAGGAAUACAAGAGAAUAGGUCAUGGGGCAUUUGGGACAGUGGUGCAGGCAUAUUUAACUCCAGACAAUGAAAAAUGGUAUGGUCCGUUUGCCAUUAAGAAGGUGCCUGCGCAGACAGAGUACAAAUCACGGGAGCUGGCAAUCCUACGCAUUGCUGACCAUCCGAAUGUGGUGAAGCUGGAGUACUUCUUCACGCAUGUGUCGCCGUCGGACGGGAAGGUGUACCAGCACCUGGCCAUGGAGUGCCUACCGGAAACUCUUCAGCACGAGAUACUGCGGUACACUCAGAACAAGCUGGAGCUGCCUCUGAAGCACAUCAAGAUGUACACGUACCAGAUUGCGCGCGGGAUGCUGUACUUGCAUGCGCUUGGCAUCUGCCACCGUGAUAUCAAGCCCUCGAACAUCUUGGUGGACCCUAAGAGUGGGGUACUCAAGAUCUGCGACUUUGGCUCUGCAAAGAAGCUCGAGCAGAACCAGCCUUCGAUCAGCUACAUAUGCUCGCGCUUCUACCGCGCUCCCGAACUCAUUGUCGGCUGCACGCAAUACACCACACAGAUAGACAUUUGGGGACUGGGCUGUGUCAUUGGCGAAAUGCUGAUAGGUAAGGCUGUUUUUCAGGGACAGGAACCGCUCCUGCAGCUGCACGAGAUUGCCAAGCUAUUGGGCCCCCCGGACAAAAAGUUCAUCUUCUUUUCCAAUCCCUCGUACGGAGGACCGUUAUUUUCGAAGCCGCUUUUCAACGGCACCCCUCAGCAACGUUUCGAAAAGUAUUUUGGCCAUGCCGGCCCUGAAGGCAUUGAUCUUCUGAUGAAGGUGCUGUGUUACAGCCCAGAACGCAGGCUAUCACCAAGGAGAGUCCUGUGUCAUGCAUUCCUCGACGAGCUCAGAAAUGACCGCUACUUCUUUCCGGCUGGAAGCUCCCAGCCAAAGCAGAUGCCUGAACUUUUCGAUUUUUCUGAAUUCGAACUCGAGAUAAUCGGUACUCUGCUUCCAUCCAUAGUAGGCCACGAAUAG